GCCCUCAUGUCUACUCGGCACCUCUCACCACUGGGCUGUGGGAGCCGGCAGGUGGGUGGAGGCUCAGAGAGACGAAGGAGCUGUCCUGGGAUCACACAGCCUGUCGCUGGGGCCAGCGCUUUGUGGCCCAGCUCCCGAACCUGGCCUUGCCUGAGCCCCAGGAUAGGGGCGUCCACGGUGCUGGGGACAAGUCGGGCAGCCAAAGCCAGUCCGGGAGGUUGGCCACUCUUGCUUAACAGGCCUGCUUGGUCCUGACCCCUGCCCUCCCUGGGACACUGGUAGCAGGGGUGCCUGCCCACUCUCUGCCUGCUUUCCUCUCUGACCAGUCUCUGCCCCAGAUGUACACAGACACAACAGCCCCAGGCCUGGGAGCCCCCAGUCAGGGCUGCCCCUACGGGUGCACAGGGCAGCAGACAUAUGAGGGGCAGGGAUGCAUAAGCAUGUGUCCAGCUCUCUACGGCCCCUCCAGGGAGGACAGGGAAGAGGAGGGGAGGCUUGAGCCAGCAGGGACCCAGGGGACCCUGGAAUAAGGUGGGGGCGGGCCUGCUCCCUCCCUCCCUCCCUCCCUCCCCGCCCCCACCCCGGCCUGGCUGGGCUCCCAUCAGCCGCUGCUGCAUCAUCAAUAUUUCAUCGGCGUCAAUGAGAGGCAGCAGCGGGCCGGCGGCUGCGGCAGCACUCGCGCCGGCUCCUGUCACAGGUCACCCGGGGAGUCAGGCUCCUGUCCCUGCCUGCCGCCAUGGACGUCUUCAAGAAGGGCUUCUCCAUUGCCAAGGAGGGUGUGGUGGGCGCCGUGGAGAAAACCAAGCAGGGGGUGACAGAGGCGGCUGAGAAGACCAAGGAGGGUGUCAUGUAUGUGGGAGCCAAGACCAAGGAGGGUGUUGUGCAGAGUGUGACCUCAGUGGCCGAGAAGACCAAGGAGCAGGCCAACGCCGUGAGCGAGGCCGUGGUCUCCAGCGUCAACACUGUGGCCACCAAGACCGUGGAGGAGGCGGAGAACAUCGCCAUCACCUCCGGAGUGGUGCGCAAGAAGGACCUGCAGCAACCUGCCCCCUCGCAGGAGGACGAGGCAACCAAAGUGGAAGAGGAAGUGGCUGAGGAGACCAAGAGUGGGGGAGAUUAGAGGGCUGCAAGCGAGCUGAGGAGGCCCGGAAGAACACCCCAUCCUCUCCUGGUACAAGGAGUGUCUGGUCCUGGAGUGUGACCUAUGGGGCUGUCCACGGUCCCCGUGCCCUCACCUGGCCGCCCACAGGCUGGUCCUCCCAUGCUGCCGCCACCGCCUGCACCUCCAUCCCAUGUCUCCUCACCCCCUCUGGUCCUUCUGACCACACAGAUGCUGCUGUGAAUUUUUUUUUUAAUGAUUUUAAUGAUUCCAAAUAAAACUCAAAUCCCCAC